AUGGAGGUCGGCAAAUGUCGGAGGCCUUCAGGAAUUCCAGGCGUCCCAGAAUCCACCGCUGUCCGAGAAAGUCCGGGGCGGGGUGGUGCGACGCGAAAUGUAGACUGGUCGAGGCGCCGCUUUCAGAUGGGAGGACGACUCCUGUUUCUGGUUAUGUGGCUGAACCUUGUGCCUCAAACUGACAGCUGCCCUGCAAAGUGUGUGUGCAACAGUGAGCCCAGGCCCACAGUGGCCUGCCAACAACAAGGACUGUUUUCAUUUCCUACUGAGAUCCCUGUGCGGAGCCAGAGAAUAUUCCUUCAAAGCAACAAGCUCACAGUGGUCAGGUCCACCAGCUUCAGCUCUUGUCACAACCUAACAGUUCUGUGGCUGUACUCCAAUAACAUCAGCUACAUUGAGGCUGGGGCCUUCUAUGGCUUGGAAAAGCUAGAGGAAUUGGACAUUGGAGACAACAGCAACCUCCGCACCAUCAGCCCCACAGCCUUCAGGGGGUUGACCAAGCUGCACACUCUCCAUCUGCACCGAUGUGGUCUAUCAGAGCUGCCCAUCGGAGUUUUCCGAGGAAUGUUCUCCCUACAGUACCUUUACCUGCAGGACAAUCACAUUUUAACACUGCAUGACGACACUUUUGUGGACCUAGCCAACCUCACUUAUCUCUACCUGCACAACAACAAAAUCAAGAUUGUCACUAACAACAUGUUUCGUGGAUUAAUCAAUUUGGACCGCCUAUUACUACAUGAGAAUCGAGUAUUCUAUGUCCAACCACGAGCUUUCAGUGAUCUUGGAAAGCUGAAAUCUCUGUUCCUUUUCUUCAACAAUCUUACAGUCUUGUCAGGGGAGGUAAUGGAACCACUGGCAUCUCUCCAAUACUUGCGUUUGAAUGGUAACCAAUGGAUCUGUGACUGCCGAGCGAGCACCUUGUGGGACUGGUUUAAACGGUUCAAAGGUUCCAGCUCUGAGCUCGAGUGUGAAGUCCCAGAGUUCCUGGCAGGUAAGGACUUGAAACGUCUAAAAAGUGAUGACCUGGAGGGGUGUGUGGAAAUGCCUCAAAUCCAGACCAGGCUAUUUAAUGCUAAGACCCAGUCUGGCAAAUUCCAUUCUACCGAAAAUCCAAUGGGGGAAACUAUUCCGAGAUGUUGUCUUGGCGACAAUGACAAGUCCUCUAUUCUGUCAGGCAAGAGUCGCCAAAUCACCAAGAACCCCCUCAAGGAGAAGGAGAACAUGUCAAAGACUAAAUAUAAAGAUCCCGAAAGAACAAAAAAUGAGACCCAGAGCAAGCAGAAUGAUGGACCGCUUGGAACCUUAUCCAACAAUCUGGAUGAGUAUUUGGAAAACCCAAACCCUGAUCUUGUAGACAAUCUGGAAUCAUCAACAGCAUCAAACAAAAAGAAAAAGAAGUGUUCCAAAAAGCCAAAAUUGGACACCCAAUGCAACAAAAGCCAGGCUACUACUUUGCAAGGUCCUUACAUUCUUUUCAUUCCAAUGAUCUGGAUUUCUCUAGUCAUGUCUUAG